AUGCGACCGGAAGCACUGUGUCUGGUGUUUGUCGUGUCGGAUUUCCAUGGUCGGCUCGUCGUCCGCAAGGAAUGGUCGCUUCAAAACGAAUCCCCGAGGUUUCGACGAAUCGAUGAAAUCAAUGAGAAUGUGUCGAAGAAAUUGGGUACGCGUGUCGAGUUGAAGGCCGAAUUCUGUUAUCACGUCAUAUCUCGCGAAGAAUUCAUGCACGUAAACCACGAAUGCCUAACAAAUCUUCUUUCACAUUCACCGUUUGAACGAUGCAUUCGAUUUGAGUCGAAAUUCAAAAAAUAUGUUGAAAUCGGACCAAGAACAUGUGUAAAAUCUGCGAUGUGUACGAAUAUUUUGAGCGUUUUUGAAAUCGCGAAUAUCCGAAAUGUGAAUCGGGUGGAGAGAAGCAUAUUGUAUAACAUCGAAGGACUAAAUAUAAACGAAAAUGAAUUUUUCGAAAUUGUCGGAGAUAAAAUGACAGAAAUGAUUUUCGAUGAAAAAACCAACUUUGAGCAAUCAUCAGAACGUGCAAACUUUUUCGAAAUCGACGUGAUUGGGGAUGGAAAAAGCUUGGAAAAAGCGAACGAAGAGUUUGGAUUGGCUCUUGAUCGAGAUGAUCUCGACUUCUACUACAACGUUUUCGCCAACAAAUUCCACCGAAAUCCAACGGAUGUUGAAUUAUUCGAUUUGGCUCAAUCGGAUUCCGAACAUUCGAGACAUUGGUUUUUCCGUGCAAAAUUGAUAAUUGAUUCGAACGAAAUCGAGAAUUCAUUGAUGGACCACAUCAAAUCCACACUGGAGCAUUCGAAUCGGAACAGCUUGAUUGCGUUUCACGACAAUUCCAGUGCGAUUCGCGGGUUUUCAAAAGUGAAUCGAAUUCGUCCGACAAAUCCCGAGAUGUGUUCGAGUUUUCGAAUAGCUUCCAAUCCGUCGCAUUUGAUCUACUCAGCCGAAACGCACAAUUUUCCGACGGCCGUGUGUCCAUUUCAGGGCGCGGCAACUGGAACUGGUGGACGGAUUCGAGACAUUCACGCGACUGGCAGAGGUGCUUUCGAAAUCGCUGGUGUUGCUGGCUAUUCGUUCGGAAAUUUACACAUUCCGGAUUUCGAGUUGCCAUGGGAAUCUAAAAACGAAAUAUAUCCGACAUCGAUGUGCGAUCCAUUAAGAAUUGCGAUUGAAGCGUCGAACGGAGCAUCGGAUUACGGUAACAAGUUUGGAGAGCCAGUAGUGAUAUGCGGAUUUGCGAGAUCGUUCGGAAUGAGACUUGCGAAUGGCGAACGGUGCGAAUACCUCAAGCCAAUCAUGUUUUCGGGCGGGAUCGGAACCAUCGAUGAAGACGAAUUAACGAAACAAAUGUGUGCUCCAGGAAUGAUUGUCGCCAAAAUCGGCGGGCCCGUCUACAGAAUCGGCGUCGGAGGAGGCGCCACUAGUUCGAUAUCAGUUCAGGGCGAUCGCGAGAACGAGCUCGAUUUCGCCGCUGUGCAACGAGGAGACGCCGAGAUGGGCUCGAAACUGCACCGAGUGGUUCGCGGUUGUGCCGAAAGAGCACACGCGAAUCCGCUUUUGUCAAUUCAUGAUCAAGGCGCUGGCGGCAAUGGGAAUGUCAUCAAAGAACUAGUCGAAGGAUGCGGAGUUCGAGUGAAAAGUGACGAGUUCCAACUAGGCGACGGGACCAUUUCGAUUCGCGAAUUGUGGACUGCCGAAUAUCAGGAAAAUGACGCGGCUCUCGUCGAUCCGAAUCUCAAACAAGCGCUUUUGAAAAUCGCGAAACGAGAAAAAUGCCACGUCUCAUUUGUUGGCGAAGUAACACGAGAGACACGUGUGAUUUUGGAAGAUUUCGGAUGUGCUGGAUCACGGAAUCCUGUCGAUUUGAACACUCAUUUACUAGGUGAACGAGAGAUGAAGACUUUUCAUUUGUCGAUUGUGCCAACACGGCUUGUUCCUUUAAAACUUCCAGAUUCUUUGACUGUCCGAGAGGCGCUUUCGAGAGUAUUGCGACUGCCAUCUGUGGCGAGUAAGAGAUAUUUGACGUGCAAAGUGGAUCGCAGUGUGAGCGGACUGAUCGCUCAGCAGCAAUGCGUCGGACCACUUCACACGCCGCUCGCCGAUGUCGGCGUCGUCGCAGUUUCGCAUUUCGAAAAGGUAUUCAAAAUAUGA